AUGGCUGAAGCAAUUGCAGCAUUGAGCCUAGCCUCUACUAUCCUGCAGGUCAUCGACUUCGGAUCGAAGUUCGUAUCGACGGCCUGGAAGAUCUACGACGUUGGUCACCGCCAUCUCAAAGGGCCGGAUGAGGUAGCAUCUCUCGACGUUCUUAGUAACAAUCUCAGCGAUGUUUUGCGGGAUAUUCUUACGCAAUCGAGGGCGACUGGCUUAGCAAAUGAUGGUAAUCGAGGCAUCCACACCUUGUCGAAGGAGUGCGCAAUAUUGAUCGAGAAAUUGGCGCGCUCACUGGAUACACUUGGCCUUAAGGAUGCGUCUCGAAAGCGGGCUGCCGUCGUCGCAGCAUUUAAGUUGGCGUGGAAGCGAGAGGAGAUCAACGCUCUUCAAGCAAGACUCAAUGACUUCAGGUCACAAUUGACUCUGAGCCUGCUUGUUUCCGUGCGAUACUACGCCAGCCAAUCUUUGAUCCAACAGAAUGCAAUUCUCAAUGAGCUUCAAAAGGCCCAAGGAAGCACCCAAGCCGGUAGUAGUGCCAUGAACAAUAACUUCAAGACUUCCGAUCCCUUCGGAACCUCUGUCUUGAACUAUGUCACUUGGAAGCUCAACCAGAGUGAGCAAGCUGAAACAAGACGUUUCCUCAAAACUGAAAUCAUUCGUGCCAUACACGAUACCGCCGUGAGCAACUCGGAGACCCACACCUCCGUUAUGGGUACAACUGUCCCAGAUGAGGCUGAUAGGCGGGUUCGUGGGAUGUUGCUUCAGAGUCUCUACUAUGAUAGAAUGAAUGACAGGGAAGAAAGAAUAUCAGAGGCACAUGAAACAACAUUUCAAUGGCUGCUCAUGGCCAGCGAUAGUGACAAAUGGGCAAGUUUCAAAGACUGGCUUGAGUCAGACGACAAGUUGUACUGGAUCACCGGGAAGCCCGGCUCGGGCAAGAGUACUCUGAUGAAGUAUAUUUGCUUUCCGGUCCAAUCUGCAGAAGAGUCCCAUCCAGCCCCUCGGUGUCGCAAAUUCUUGGAAAUGUGGAGUGGCGAUCAGCACCUCGUGAUUGCGUCGUUCUACUUCUGGAACUCCGGAACGCAAACACAAAUGACACAGAGAGGGUUAUUAAUGUCGCUUCUACACCAGAUUUUUCAGCAAUGUCCCCAACUCGCAACGUUGGGAUGCCCAGAUCGAUGGGAGAGCCUCAAUUUGUUUGGCGAAUACCUGGCCUGGGAAGAUCAGGAGCUCCGCGACACAUUAUGUCGGGUGGCUAAGAACCUCGUCCAAGUUGAUUCAACCCUUACUCUAUUCGUGGACGGUCUGGACGAAUUCCAAGGUAAGCCUGAGGAGCUGAUCCUACUCUUCAAAACCAUCCUCAACUUCUCAAACAUAAAAAUCUGUGUCGCCAGUCGACCCUGGGUGGAAUUUCAAGACGCAUUCCAGCACAAGCCGAGUCUCAUGCUUCAUGAUCUGACUCACGACGACAUUAAGAGUUACAUCGCCUCGAAACUCCAUGAUGAGCCGAUGUUUGCACAGCUUCGACGAAGAGAAGAAGAGUUUGCGGAUCGGUUGAUCGAGGACAUUGUUGCCAAGGCUGCUGGUGUAUUCCUUUGGGUUACACUGGUUGUCUCAUCUCUCAUUGCUGGCAUGAGCUCAGGAGACAGGAUUUCGGACUUCAAGAGGCGGCUGGACCAGUUACCACCGGACCUCUCAGAGCUCUACGAAAAAAUCCUGUUGAGCCUGGACGAUUUCUACCUCGACCAUGCGGCGCAGCUCUUCUCUCUUGUCGAAACUAGUCUUGUGCCCAUGAACUUGGUGCUGGCAUCGUUUGUGGACGAAGACGACCCCAAUCUUGCUUUACGUCAACCGUGUCGUCUUCUUUCAGAAGACGAGACCGUGCUGCGCAUGGAGACAAUGCGGCGGCGUAUCAAUAGUCGAUCUAAGGGUCUGCUCGAAGUCAAAGGCCCCUUUUCCACCUCCGAGGGAUUCAAAUAUGAAGAUCCUUGGGACCACAACCGUUACACGGUCCAAUACCUGCACCGGACAGUGAAAGAUUACAUUGAAAGUGACAAGGCCCAGAUAAUCCUGCAACGUGUUGCAAGAUCCCCCUUUGACCCUCCUCUUAAGCUUCUGGCUGGCCACGUGGCAUAUAUCAAGCUGCUGGAUCUCGAGAGAGUGUCUGCUCUGGAUUUCUGGAAUCAUAACUUCAAGGAAUGCUUGAGAUUGGCACGUCUGGUUUCUCCCGACAAUAUUCCCAAGAUGGUUCUUCUACUGGAUGAAAUGGAUAAAAUGGACAAAGUCGGACGAGCAACAUUUCAGGCUUUGAGGGGAAUUGUGACGUUGGAGAGGAGACCAGACGUAGAGCAUCUUUAUUGGACAUUUCUAGAGUCAUUUCAAGAUGAGGAUGUUGACAAAAGCGCUCACCGGUUCAGGCCCCUUUUCCUCACUCUGGCAGUAAUCUUUGGUGUUGUUGAGUUUGUUCGAGUCAAGGCCGAGGCUGGUUGUCUCAUUUCAAAGCCAAUUUGCUGCGAUACUACUGCACAGGUAAACGACUGUGGCGAAUGGUCUCUAUUGAUGAUUGCCAUUCAAGUUGCGGCUCAGAAAUUCCGCUCAGAAUUUCCAGCGAGUGUCAAGGAAUUCGACUUCGGUUUUGAUCCGAGGCACGGCAUGUUACAAUGUUUGCUCGAAAAGUCCGCCGAUCCAAAUUACCUUUUCAACCAUUCGCCGCGGCGGAAAACCUCGCCAUUGAUUGAAUCAGUAUACCAGUUGAUGGUGUUUGGCACCACGUCACAUGCAUUGCGUCGUGGGGACGACUCCUGGGUCGAAAGACAUCAGUUUUGGGUUGAAACAACGCGUCUGCUCGGUCGAGCUGGAAGGCUAGACAAAAGCACCGUCGAUCGCGCCUUGGCAUUAUUCCUGCCGACAUGGCCCUCUUACCGUCUUCAAACGUUUGUCCAGUGGAGUCAUGCCAGAAAGUCCUUGCGACAAUCUCUCCAAACAGUUGUACACGGUGGAGAUCCGGACCUCUCCGCGAUACUUGACAAGUUGAUUCGCCUUGCAGAACGCCGAGGAAGAUGA